CCCCGAAAGCCGAAAUUUGCAUGCGCUUGGGAGCUCACGGACUCGCCCCGGCUUGACCGAGCGGAUCCGCAACUCCGUGCCGGAAUAACAGGCGCCCGCGAUAAUACCAGUUCCGGCGCUACGGACAUCUAACACUCCUCCGCUGCUCAAGACAACGACCAGGCCUUGCUCCCUAUAUAUAGCUUCUCUGCAAUCCCGUGGCUCCGACUACCGCCACUGUGUUGCCCGCACCACUCGCUCGACGAACCCCGCUCGACAUACCACUUGCGCAGCAGCGAUACGCUGACCAUGACCUCACCAAGCAAACGCCGUAUCGAGACCGACGUUAUGAAGUUGCUCAUGUCCGAUUACGAGGUUAAUCUCGUGAACGAUAACAUGCAAGAACUCUAUGUUCGGUUUUACGGCCCUGCUGAGACACCCUUCGCUGGCGGGGUGUGGAAGAUUCACGUUGAGCUUCCGGACCAAUACCCGUUUAAGUCCCCCAGCAUAGGUUUCAUGAAUAAGAUCUUCCACCCAAAUAUUGAUGAACUGAGUGGCUCAGUCUGUCUCGAUGUUAUUAAUCAGACCUGGUCACCGAUGUUCGACAUGAUAAAUAUCUUCGAGGUUUUUCUCCCCCAGCUCCUCCGAUACCCUAACCCGAACGAUCCUCUGAACGGUGAGGCGGCCGCGCUGCUCAUGCGCCAUCCGAAAGAGUAUGAGGCAAAGGUCAAAGAGUACGUACAGCGGUUCGCAACCAAGGAGGCGGCCGAUGCAGCAGCCGACGGCGAAGAAGAGGAGCAAGACGAGGAGAUGAGCGACAUUGGUAGCAUAAGCGAGGACGAAGAACAAGUUGCAGAUGAUUGAUUAGUCUCUCUUACUCUCCCAGUUCGAGCCUUCUUAGUCUUUCUCAUUACCACUUACACGCCCCACUGCUUCUAUCCAUCGGCGAACACGUCUCCAUCACUCCCCUUCGGCUCACUCGUCUCCACACGCGAAGAUCUCGCACUUCAUCAUUGACGCUGUAUUAUUCGGUAUUAUGAACAUGCAUCCUGUACAGGACCGGGCGCGCCCGUUGUUGUAAUAUAUCAAGUCAC